AUGGCGACUCCAAUCAGCCUUGUAUUGAUCAAGUUCACCUUGUUCCUCACACUCAACUUGCUCUUCACAAGCCAACCCCACGAGGUUUCCUGCAAUAACGACACCGAUCGAAUCGCGUUGCUGCAAAUCAAGAACUGCACAACCAACGACCCAGAUGGAUUUUUCAGCUCCUGGAACGACUCCCUCCAUUUCUGCAGCUGGCCUGGCGUCCAAUGCAGCCGCCAUGGAAGCGACGAGAGGGUCACAUCCCUCGACCUGUCGGAGCUCGAUCUGGUCGGUACUCUGCCUCCACAGGUCGGCAACCUCAGCUUCCUCAGGUUCAUCAACAUCGAGAACAACACCUUCCAUGGCCGAAUCCCACCACAGCUAGGCAACCUGGUUCUGCUCCAGCACUUCAACGCCACGGGCAACUCGUUCACCGGUCCGAUUCCAGCCAACUUAAGCCGCUGCUCGAAGCUCCGGAUCCUGAUGCUCUCCUCCAACAAGCUACGGGGCAAGAUCCCGGUACAACUUGGCUCGCUAUCGAAGCUCGAGAUCCUCAGGAUCGGGCAGAACAAUCUGACGGGAUCUCUCCCGGCUUCCCUGGGAAAUCUGUCUCAGCUUGUCAACUUCGGUGCUGCGUACAACAACCUGGUGGGACGAAUUCCUGAGAGCUUCGGUCGACUCUCGAAGCUGAGCAUAAUUGCAGCUGGCAUUAACCAACUCUCUGGUGAAAUUCCACCGUCUCUGUACAAUCUCUCCACAAUCCACAUCAUGACAUUUACUUUCAACAAGCUGGAAGGCAGGCUGCCUGAGAACAUAGGCUUCACCUUGAGAGACAUAGGCUACUUUGCGGUCUCGGAGAACGAUCUGGUCGGGUCGAUCCCCGAGUCGUUAUGCAAUGCUUCUCGCCUGGUGGACAUCAACAUGAACAUGAACCGUUUCGCGGGCAGGAUUCCGAACUGCCUUGGGAGUUCCGGAGGCCUUCUGGCGCUAGAGAUCGGUGGUAACGAUCUCGGCUACAAUUCGACGGGCGAUUUCGAUUUCCUGACUUCGUUGUCGAACUGCAGCCAGCUUGACAGCAUAGGGGUUUCCAUGAACAACCUCGGGGGCGAACUGCCGGGGUCUGUUGGAAACCUCUCAUCGACUCGGCUCACUCGGUUGAGCUUUGCGCUCAACCGAAUCAGCGGUGUUUUACCCGAAGGGCUGCAGAACCUGGUCGGGCUAACCGAUCUGGAGCUGCAGUCCAACAUUCUCCAAGGCCAACUCCCUUCUUCAUUUUUGAGCAAGCUGCAGAAUUUGCAGCUUCUGAGCUUACAAGGGAACGAGUUCUCGGGCCGAAUUCCUGACUCGAUAGGGGGUCUUAAACGACUGUUCGACCUCGACCUGUCGCGGAACAGACUCGAAGGACCGAUUCCGGCAAGCCUUGGGAACUGCCUGAGUCUGACUUCCAUCGACAUCUCACACAACAAACUCAGUGGAGAGAUACCCGCGGAGGUAAUGAACAUAUCUUCCUCACUGGCCAAUUUGCUGAACUUGUCCCACAACUCGCUGAGCGGGAAGCUACCUCACGAAACAGGGAAGCUGACUCAUUUGAACACAAUGGACGUCUCUCACAACAACCUUUCGGGCGAAAUCCCCAGCGCGAUCGAGAACUGCGAGAGCAUCGAGCGUCUGUUCGUGCAACGGAACUCAUUCCAGGGAAGCAUUCCUUCAUCGUUGGCCUCCAUAAAAGGUCUCAGGGAACUGGAUCUCUCCUGCAACAGUUUGACAGGAGAAAUCCCACAACAGCUGCAGGAUGUUAAGGAUUUCCAGUACCUGAACCUCUCGUACAAUAAUCUCCGCUGCGAGGUUCCAAGUGGAGGGAUAUUUCGAAAUACCACCGCGGUUUCCUUAAUUGGAAAUCCUCUGCUUUGCGCAACUAUGGACCUUCAUCUUCCAAAAUGCGCGACGACGAGGCCAGCUUCUUCUAGUCAUCAUUCAGUCACCCGCAGGGUUAGGCUGGCGAUCAUAGCCGCUUCUGCAUCUCUAUCCCUUCUCCUCCUGUUGUCGUCGUCGGCCUCUCUUCUGCUUUACAUGAACAACAACAUAAACAAGAAGAAGCAAUCGCUCGUCGUCGAGGAUCCAGCAAUAGACCAAUUCGCGAGGGUUUCUUACUACGACCUGCACAAAGCAACCAACGGGUUCUCUCCCGACAAUGUGCUAGGCUCUGGCGGGUUCGGUACAGUCUACAGAGGGAAGCUCGACCGAAUCGAAGCGCCCGUAGCGGUUAAGGUGCUCGACCUGCUGCGACACGAGGAUCGAGCUCACAAGAGCAUAGCCGCGGAAUGCAACGCAUUGAGGAGCAUUCGUCACCGAAACCUCGUGAAGGUUGUGUCUUUCUGCUCCAGCGUGGACCGCGGAGGCAGCGAUUUCAAAGCUCUGGUGUUCGAGUACAUGGAGAAUGGCAGCCUGGAGGACUGGCUGCACCACGAGACCUGCAGGAGGCUGACUCUGGCGCAAAGGCUGGACAUCGCAGUCGAUGUGGGAUCGGCACUGCACUACCUCCACGACCACUGCGAGACGACGAUCGUCCACUGCGAUUUGAAGCCGAGCAACGUCCUGCUCGAUGCUGACAUGGUCGGCCGCGUGAGCGAUUUCGGCCAGGCGAGGCUGCUCGUUUCGAGCGAGGAGGACGACACAUUUUCUCGGAGCAGCGCGAGCGCGAAGGGAACCAUUGGCUACGCUGCUCCAGAGUACGGGAUGGGUUCCGCGGCGUCGAAGCGAGGAGACGUGUACAGUUUCGGGAUCCUUGUCCUGGAGAUGUUCACGGGGAAGAGGCCGACAGAUGAAAUGUUGGGAGACGGUGUGAAUCUGCGUGAUUAUGUCAAGGCUGCUGCGACUGCUGGCGAGAUUGGUUUGGUGGGAGAUCCGGCUCUUUUCCGCGCCAUGGAUGGGGAGGAAGAAGGGAGGAGAAGGGAGAGGAAGGGAAGGGUUUAUGGCAGGUUGAAGAUGGAGAAGAUGCAGAGCUGUCUAGUUUCUGUACUUGAAAUUGGGAUGGCUUGUUCAGCUGAAACUCCAGGUGAACGGAUGAACAUGGUGGAUGCGACUAGAAGAUUGAAAUGUGUCAGGGAUGUGGUUGUAUAA